AUGGGUGGAAGUAGUGCCAUGGGAAAAGAAAUGGCACGAACAAGAAAACAUACCGGAGGAGGAGCCAUCGUAGGUGCAAAGCGAGGAAAUAGCAGUAAACAAGCCGAUGCACAAGCAUUACAAGAUAUGGAAGAUGCACGAUAUACACGUGUGACCCAACAACCAUCAAUUAUUACAUUUGGAACGAUGAAACCGUAUCAGCUUGAAGGACUGAAUUGGAUGAUACGACUACAUGAUUCCGGUGUAAAUGGGAUUUUAGCCGAUGAAAUGGGACUUGGAAAAACUUUGCAGAGUAUUUCUUUGCUUGCGUACUUAAGAGAAGCACGAGGAAUUGAGGGACCUCAUAUUAUUAUUGUACCUAAAAGUACCGUAGGCAAUUGGAUGCGAGAAUUAAAGCGAUGGUGUCCAUCAAUUAAAGCUUUCAAGUUCAUGGGCAGUAAAGAAGAACGUGGGAUGCAGAGAGAAACGGUUGUGAAACAAGACUUUGACGCUUUAGUGUUGUCGUAUGAAGUGGCGAUUAUUGAAAAAGCCAUUUUGCAGAAAAUCAAGUGGAGAUAUUUGCUUAUUGAUGAAGCACAUCGAGUGAAGAAUGAGAACUCAAAACUCUCGCGUGUCGUACGUGAGUUUAAAGUCGAGCACCGCUUGCUUAUUACUGGCACACCGCUGCAGAACAAUUUGCAUGAACUAUGGGCGCUAUUGAACUUUUUGUUACCGGAUAUUUUCUCGGAUGCUGAAGAUUUUGACGCGUGGUUUAAUGUAGACGAAGAAGAAGGACAAGAAAACGUAAUCAAGAAGCUGCACACGAUCUUGCGUCCUUUCUUGCUGCGUCGACUGAAGGCGGAUGUAGAGCACUCGCUGCCGCCAAAAAUUGAGACCAAGCUAUAUGUGGGCUUGUCCGAGAUGCAACGUGAGUGGUACAUGCGCGUGCUGCAUCGUGAUGCCACGCAUUUGAAUGCUAUUGGUGGCAGUGACCGCGUGCGUUUGCUCAACAUCUUGAUGCAGUUGCGUAAGGUAUGCAACCAUCCUUAUUUGUUUGAGGGCGCGGAGCCUGGUCCACCAUACCAGGAAGGUCCGCACCUUUGGGAAAAUUGCGGUAAAAUGACUUUGCUGCACAAACUGUUGCCGAAACUCCAAGUCCAAGGUUCCCGUGUACUGAUUUUCUGUCAGAUGACGUCCAUGAUGGAUAUUCUGGAGGAUUACAUGCGCUAUUUUGGUCACGACUACUGCCGACUGGACGGAUCCACAAAGGGUGAAGAUCGUGACAGCAUGAUGGAGGAUUUUAAUGCUCCGGGAAGCACUAAAUUCUGCUUCCUGCUGAGUACUCGUGCCGGUGGUCUCGGUAUUAACUUGGCUACAGCCGAUAUCGUGAUCUUGUUCGACUCGGACUGGAAUCCUCAGGUGGAUCUUCAGGCGAUGGAUCGCGCACAUCGCAUUGGACAGACAAAAAUCGUGCGCGUGUUUCGUUUCAUUACGGAUGGCACUGUUGAAGAGAAGAUUGUAGAGCGUGCUGAGCGGAAAUUGUAUCUCGAUGCUGCUAUUAUUCAGCAGGGUCGACUUGCUCAGCAGAACCGAAAGCUUUCGAAGGACGAGCUUAUGACAAUGGUGCGCUUUGGUGCCGAUGAAAUCUUCAACGCACGUGGAUCAAUGAUCACGGAUGAUGAUAUCGACGCUAUAUUGGCUCGUGGUGAAGAGCGCACGGAGUCAAUGAAGGAUAAGAUUGCAGCUGAUAUGCAGCACAACUUGGCAAAUUUCUCUUUGUCGGGUGAUAACGGCAAUGCUAGCGUAUCUAGCUUGUACGAGUUCGAGGGGGAAGUAUUUUCAAAGGACACAAACAAUGGAGACAUUCUGCCGUCAACGUUCAUUGCUCUUCCUCAGCGUGAGCGCAAGUCUAAUUACAAUGAAGACGAAUAUUAUCGCCAGCAGGCGGGUUUGUCAAAGCCCAAGAAGCCUAAAAAAUCCGGUUCGGACGCUGCAAAGGUUCCCGUUGUACAUGACUACCAGUUUUUCCAACAGGAGCGCAUGGUAGUACUACUGACAAAGAAGACGCAAAUCGAGAACCGCCGGAAAGAACUUACUCGACUUAUUAAAGAAGCAAAAGCUGAUGAGACACGUGCUAGAGCUCGUAAGGCGAAGCCUGCUGAGGGUGACGACUCAGCUGAGAAUUCAGCAGAGGAAGAGGAAGUCGAUGACACCCGUUCUGCUGCCCUUGAGAAAGAGUUGAAUGAGACGGAGAUGGAUGCUGCGGAUGCGAAGGAGCUGGAAGAUCUUGAAAAGAAGGGUUUUGGUGAUUGGACCCGACGGGACCUUAAGCAGUUUAUCACCAGCUGCGAGCGCUACGGUCGCGCUGACAAGGCACGUGUAUGUGAGGAAGUUUCGCUGGCUCUUGGCAAGGAUGCUGCACAAGUUGAACGGUACUAUGAAACGUUUUGGUCUCGUUUUACCGAGCUUAAGGAUCACGCCAAGUACAUCGAGAAAAUUGAGCGAGGCGAGAAGCGUUUGGAACGCAAUGAAGUGGUGAAACAGGCUUUGGCGCGCAAGUGCAGCCGGUACAGCCAUCCGUUGCGUGAUAUGCGGUUGCACUACCCGGCCGGAUACAAAAGCAAGGGCUAUAUUCUGGAGGAAGAUGUGUUUCUUGUUGUUAUGAUGAACAAGUACGGUCCGUUGGAGCACUGGGGCGAGAUUCGUGACGAGAUUCGUAAGGCAUGGCAAUUUCGCUUUGACUGGUUUUUCAAGUCGCGCACCAUUAGCGAGCUUCAGAAGCGUGGUGAGGUGCUAACUCGAAUGAUUGAGCGCGAGAACGACGAGCUCAAGAGCCGCAACAGCAAAGACGAAGACGAUCUUGCAAAGAAGGCAAGAAAGAGCAGUUCCUCGAGUUUCAAGUCAAAGAGCAAGAGCAGUAGCAGUCGUAGCAAGACGUCAAGCUCGAGCAAGAAACGCAGUAGCUCGUCCAAGCCAUCGUCAUCGAAGAAGCAACGUUUUAGCUAG